CACAGCCUGGAGCCCGACUCCUGCAUGGUGGUAGAAAUUACAGCCCAGGAGGCUCCAUAGUGAAGGGUUGUCAGAGGAGGACACGCCUGCCCCCAGAUGACUGUACCAGGAACUUAGAGAAACAUCUGGUAUCGUCAGAUUUUGAAGUAGAUGAUCGUGGUAUCACACGAGAUACAUUUGAAGAGCAUGCCAAUAUGCAAGAUAUACCCUCAUCCAAUCACAGCAACAACACAUCAUUUGAUUCUUUUAAACAGGUCCGAUCUUAUGAUUCAUCACAGACUGUAACACAGAAUAAAGGUCACAGAAGAGGUGCUAAACAUCAAACCGCUCACAUAAGAGGGAAGUCAUUUUCAUGUUCAGAAUGUGGGAAAUGUUUUAAUAUGAAAUCAGAACUUGUUAUACAUCAGAGAAGUCACACAGGAGAGAAGCCAUUUUCAUGUUCAGAAUGUGGGAAAUGUUUUCACAAAAAAUCAGCUCUUGGUAAACAUCAGAAAAUUCACACAGGGUUGAAGCCAUUUUCAUGUUCAGAAUGUGGGAAAUGUUUUAACCAUAAAUCAAAUCUUGAUACACAUCAGAGAAUUCACACAGGGGAGAAGCCAUUUUCAUGUUCAGAAUGUGGGACAUUUUUUAAGCAUAAAACAGCUCUUGUUAGACAUCAGAGAAAUCACACAGGAGAGAAGCCAUUUUCAUGUUCAGAAUGUGGGAAAUGUUUUAGCCGUAAAUUUGGUCUUGUUAUGCAUCAGAGAAAUCACACAGGAGAGAAGCCAUUUGCAUGUUCAGAAUGUGAGAAAUGUUUUAACAGUAAAUCAGAUCUUGAUAUACAUCAGAAAUUUCACACAGGAGAGAAGCCAUUUUCAUGUUCAGAAUGUGGGAAAUGUUUUCACACUAAAUCAGUUCUUGUUAAACAUCAGAGAAUUCACACAGGGGAGAAGCCAUUUUCAUGUUCAGAAUGUGGGAAAUGUUUUAUUCAGAAAUCGUCUCUUGUUUUACAUCAGAGAAAUCACACAGGAGAGAAGCCAUUUUCAUGUUCAGAAUGUGAGAAAUGCUUUAAGUAUAAAUCAAAACUUGUAAUACAUCAGAGAAAUCACACAGGAGAGAAGCCAUUUUCAUGUUCAGAAUGUGGGAAAUGUUUUCACACUAAAUCAGUUCUUGAUACACAUCAGAGAAUUCACACAGGGGAGAAGCCAUUUUCAUGUUCAGAAUGUGGGAAAUGUUUUAACCGUAAAUCAAAUCUUGAUACACAUCAUAGAAUUCACACAGGGGAGAAGCCAUUUUCAUGUUCAGAGUGUGGGAAAUGUUUUCACAAAAAAUCAAAUCUUGAUACACAUCAGAGAAAUCACACAGGGGAGAAGCAAUUUUCAUGUUCAGAAUGUGGGAAAUGUUUUCACAAAAAAUCAAAUCUUGAUACACAUCAGAGAAAUCACACAGGGGAGAAGCAAUUUUCAUGUUCAGAAUGUGAGAAAUGUUUCAACCAUAAAUCAUCUCUUUUUAAACAUAAAAAAAACACAUAUAAGAGAAGCCAUCUUCAUGCUUAGCCCUUUAGUGACCUCCCUUAUGUGGAUGAAGAUCUGUAUUACCUACCACAUUCUAGAGGAGAUCAAGACACGCUAAAUAAAGGCUCAUCUGUCAACGCUUUCCUAGACACAUUAAACCUCCCAACUUUAUUCCCCACCCAACGAGAUGCAUUAGCAAAACCGUUUUCACUCACAGAACUUACUAAUGACCUUAAGACCACCCCAAAAGGCAAGUUCCCCGGCCCGGAUGGCUUCCCAACUGUUUACUAUACCACUUUCCAAAACUACCUGCUACCACCAUCCCAUUUCCUUAUUAAACAUAGACUUAAAACUCCUUGCAAAAAUGCUGGCCACUAGACUUCAAUCUUUCCUCCCCAACCUAAUCCAUCCUGACCAGGUGGGAUUUGUAAAAGGUCGCAAAGGAAAAGAUAACACUACCAAGGUCCUCAAUGCCCUCUUAUACGCUUCGUAUAAGAAACUACCUCUGGUAUUACUCGGCACCGAUGCCGAAAAAGCAUUUGAUCGAAAAGACUGGUCCUUCAUUAAACAUACCCUGUAUAAAUUUCACUUCCCUACUCCCUACGUUCAUGCUGUGUUUGCGAUAUAUGUGAACUCGUCUGCUUCUGUUUUAGUCAAUGGCCUUAUUUCAGAUCGUUUUUCCAUCAAAAAUGGAACACGCUAGGGAUGCCCCCUCUCUCCCCUCAUAUUUGUUCUAGUGAUGGAAACCCUAUAACAAGCUUUGAGACAGGAAGAGGGCAUUAUUGGAUUAAAGAUAGGACCACAAGAAUUAAAAUUAGCUGCUUUCGCUGAUGAUCUCUUGAUCCUCACUACAAACUCCACUAAAUCUAUGCCAUUAAUAAUUUCCCUCUUAAAAAGAUUUGGCUCCUCUCUAACUGAAAAGUAAACCCACAAAAGUCCCAAAUCCUACAUAUUGGCAUCUCCCCUACCCUUACUUCUGCUCUCCAAUUAAAUUCCCUAUUCAACUGGUCCUCCCAACACCUAACUUAUUUGGGCAUCAAACUAACCUCCCACCUUCCAAUCUUAUUUCACCUCAACUAUACUCCCCUCCUGGCGGCCAAUGUUACUCAGUUGGACUCUUUGGAUUAUACUUCCCUGUCCUGGUUUGGUAGAAAGAAUUUGGUGACGCCCUUAGUUACCCCAAGACAUCUUUCUUUCGGCCAUUGAAUUCCCACAUCCUCCAGUUCAUUUGGCAGAAAAAGAAGCUUAGAUUAUCCUUCUCGACCUUAACUAAACCCAGACACCUAGGUGGAAUAGGUCUCCCUGACUCUGAACUAUACAUGAAGGCUAUACAUCUGUGUAGAGUAAUUGAUUGUCUCAGACCCUCCCAUCACAAACAUUGGCUUUCAAUGGAAAAUAUAUUUCUACUUUCAGGGCCCUUUUGCUGGCGGACCGGCCACUCCCCGCCAUCUCUUCUAUCCCAAAUCCUAUAAUACGCACCACUAUAAAGGUGUGAGAGUGGUUCUCCUUCAGUCAUCGUGCCCUGACCCUACCUUCACUCCUCCUUCAAGUCAGAGACAUAAUCUCCCUUGCCCCAAGGGAACCGAGAGACUCCUGUCCCCCUGGAAUCAGAUCUUCUUCCAUGCUAUUAACUGAUCUACUUGAUAAAAAUGGUUGCGUUCUUUCAGAAUCUCUACUUAAAGAGUCUUAAUGUCCAUACCUCUCACACUUUAUUUUUCAGUAUCCUCAGAAAAGAAAUUGCUCUCAGAGCUAAAUCAUUGAACACCCAGACACCCCUAGAGUGGUUUGAAAAUUUGGUGACCACUGCCAGAUACCCUUCUAAACUGAUCUCCACUUUAUAUUUAAAAAAAAACGUAUUCUCUCCCCCACGGAUGUCAAACCAGCUGUAAUAUGAUUCUGAGAGAAAGACUUGGGAAGACAAUUUUCCCAGUCGGAGAUUACCAAACUCUUUAACAUUCCCCAUAAACUCUCACGUUGUGUUCGGGUGCCAAGAAAAUGGGUAUAAAGUACUAUCUAGA